GAAUUAUAUAACAGAUGGCGCUGUUUUUAAGAUGGCAGUUUAAAUUUUGAGUUUUAUUUGUAGGAGAUUGUUUGUAGUGUUUCGAAUCGUUUUAGUAGGAAUUUAAAUAAUUUUAUGGGUACGACGCAUUGCAGUUAGGAUGGGAAAAUGCAGAAUGGAUCCGAAUUUACAAAUUCAUCGUUGCAGAAAUGUGAUUCGGAGGAAAAAUCCGAACCGAUGUUUGCCACUACCUUCGACCAUCUGCCAAAUGAACUGCAGUUGAAGAUCUUCUCUUAUUUGACAACCGCCGAGUUGUGUCGCUACGUUGCACCCGUCUGUCGCGAAUGGCGAGAGAAAGCCAAAGAUCCCGUGCUAUGGAAAGUCAUAGUUUUGAAAGAUGUUCACGUAGACUAUUUAGACAAAUUUUGCAGGAUUUUGACUCGUGCUACCAUGUUAAAGUGCCUGACUCUAAGAGCUCUCUCCUGCCCGUUGCAAGAUUUUGCUCGUUGCUCAUUAUCAUUUCCUCUUUUGACUCAUCUUGAUUUAGGCUUUUGUAAUGAUGUAAAUCCUCAGAUCAUCUCCAUUUUUGUAUCCAACUGCCGUCUGAUUUCGGUUUUAAAUGUCGAAGGUUGUUUGGGUAUCAAUCAAGCAGCCGUCAAUAUUAUUUCCACUCUAAAAUAUCUACGUUCGCUUAAUCUGUCCCAUUGCACGUUUCUGAGUAAUCCUGCCAUUGUGAGACUUGCCAAAAAUUGUCCCAGAUUGCAGGAAUUGAAUGUCGAUGGCAUAACAAGGAUUACGGAUAGUGCAAUAUGUUUACUUUGUGAAAAUUUACAAGAUAGUCUUCGACACAUUGAAUUGGAUGGAGAAGAAUUAACUGACAAGAGUUAUAAAUGUAUUGGUCAGUGUCGUCAUUUAAUAAAAUUAGGUAUAUCAUUUGCUGAAAUGAUUACAGAUAGGAGUCUCAUGUAUUUAAAGAAACUUUCAAAACUUCAUUAUCUGAAACUGAGAAGAGGGACACAUCUUACUGCUCCAGCGUUAAAAGACAUUUUUGUUGGUCCUGAAUUAAAGUAUUUGACAUUCUUAGAAUUUGAUAGUCUUAUGAUUGAGGAUGAUGGCAUAAAAAGUAUGACAGAAUGUAUGUACAAAUCUAAUAACUAUCCUGAAUCCUGGAACUCAGCCACUCUCAUGAUGAUUUAUAAAAAUGGUGAUCAAUCCUCUCCUGAAAACUACAGACCAAUAGCAUUGUUAUCCACUAUAUGGAAAUGUUUUACUUCAAUCCUUGCAAGAAAAUUUCAAUUAUGGAUGAAAACUAUGGAACUAGAAGCUGAAUUUCAGAAAUGCAUUUAUCACAAACAAAGAAUUUUUAUUCAACAUGAUGUUAAAUUAUGUGUUUAUUUUUUAUAUAAGAAACUUUCAAAACUUCAUUAUCUGAAACUGAGAAGAGGGACACAUCUUACUGCUCCAGCGUUAAAAGACAUUUUUGUUGGUCCUGAAUUAAAGUAUUUGACAUUCUUAGAAUUUGAUAGUCUUAUGAUUGAGGAUGAUGGCAUAAAAAGUAUGACAGAAUGCUGUACAGAAUUGAGAUAUUUAGGUUUACAGUGGUGUUGGAAAAUUACAGAUGUUGGUUUAGAUUUCAUUGUUACCAAUUGUCAUAAUCUGAGAGGAAUAGAUUUACUUGGAUUAUAUCGAAUAACUGGAACUGCUCUUUUAAAAGUGCCUUCAAAUAUGAAGCAUUUAGGAUAUUUAAAUUUAGAACAAUGUAAUGAGGUAAACUUUGCAUUCAAUGUAAAAAAUUAUAAAGUCAUCCUAUACGCUCAAGCAAAGGAUCCUUUGCAUUUUUGCAAUAAUUUUUAUGAACUGUGUAUAGUUCAUGCUGCCAUUAUAGCAGAGGUCUAUCGAGGUCAAGAUAAAAAUCUACCUGCUACUUCUGAGGAGAAUGAGAGUAUUAGUGAAGAUUUAAUUCAACAACACACUCAAGAUCAUUCAGGUGAGCCAUUCUUAUCAUCUACCUCAGUACAGGACUCAGAUAAUCUGUUAGACACUUCUUCGAUAGUUUUACGGAAGAAAAUUUCCAAUCUUAUAAAAGUAUCUAAUGAUAAAGUAUUUAACCAAAUUACUUAUAUUAAGGAGGAAUUGAAUUUAAUCCAUGAAAACCUAUAUGAAACCAAAGAAAGACAAACAAAGAUGGAAGAAUUUUACUAA